AUGGGUUCGCUUGCACCAGCUUCGUGGGAACUCAAGGCUGAUAAGUUGAGGAAGAUCCUCAAAGACUCUCUCAAUCCAAAAUGGCUCUUGGCUCCGGAAGACCUGCCUUCCCCAAGCCAGCUGAAUAUCUCCAAGUUCAUCGACACAUGCAAGCUGUUGACUCCACAGGAGCAGGAGAUUACAGCCUGUAGCGGCACUGAGCUAGUAAGCCGGAUGGCUGCUGGCAAGCUUACCGCCGUUGAGACAGUUACAGCGUUUCUGAAGCGCGCUCAUGUGGCUCAUCAGCUGACCAACUUCGCGACCGAGUUCUUGGUCGAUGAAGCGUUAGCUGCUGCUGCAAAGCUCGAUGCGAAAUUCCAGGAGACUGGAAAGAUUGUUGGACCGCUGCAUGGUCUGCCGAUUUCCAUUAAAGAGCAUAUUGGACUCAAAGGGAAGAUUGUGCAUUCGGCCUACGUGGCUUGGGCGGACAACGUUGCCCAAGAAGACGCUCUAGUUCUUCGGCUGGCUGCGAAAGCGGGUGCUGUCUUCCAUGUCCGCACCAAUCACCUCGACUGCAGCAAUCCCAUUUACGGCACGACAGUCAACCCUUACAACCGCAAUCUCACAUCGGGCGGCUCCAGUGGUGGCGAAGGAGCAUGCCUCGGACUCCGUGGCUCUGUCUUGGGACUCGGGACUGAUAUCGGGGGCUCCGUUCGUGGGCCGGCGGCCUUUUGCGGCUGCUAUGGUCUUCGAACAACGGCUCUGCGCAAUCCAUACAAAGGCAUUUGUCUGCCGGGCCUAGGCCAAGAGAGCAUCAAGUGUAUCUUGGGCCCCUUGGCAAACAGCAUCUCGGAUAUUCAGCUCUUUGAAGAUGUUGUACUUAACCAAGAGCCUUGGGACGAAGAGACCUCUCUGGUUCCCCUGCCCUGGAAGAAGAUGGAGCCAUAUCAACCAGGCCAAUUUACUGUUGGUGUUAUUUGGGACGAUGGAAUGGUUCAUCCUCAUCCGCCAGUUACCCGUGGCCUCAAGUACGCUGUUGACAAACUUAAGGCAGCUGGGGUGAAGGUCGUAGACUUUGAGCCGUAUAAACAUAGCGAAGGAGCCGAGAUAAUCGAGCUUCUCUACUUCCCAGACGCAGCCGAGACACAGAAGGAAGUCCUUGCAGAAGGGGGCGAGCCGGUAGCACCAUUAACGGAGUGGGCGUUCCACUACUCAAACUUUGAGUAUCAUAAGGUGAUGAAAGAUCGCGGCGUCGAUUUCAUCCUUUGCCCCGCCUAUGUCGGCGUGGCUGCCAAGUGUGGCACUCCUCAAUACUGGCAUUACACGACUAUCUGGAAUAUUCUGGAUCAACCAAGCAUCACUUUCCCGACUGGUCUUCAUGUCGAUCCCAAGGUUGACGUAGUUGAUGCCAACUACAAGCCUCGAUCAGCAACAGAUGAGAGGGAGUACAAGAAAUAUAUUCCCGAAGCGUUUGUCGAUGCCCCGAUCGCUCUCCAGCUCGCUGGCAAGCACUUCCGGGACGAGGAGACGGUGGCUGCAGCAGAUUUGAUUGUUGAACCAUUCGCAUUGGUGCGAAAGAAGGUUGUAGAUAUGUGCAAUCAACCCCGCAACGGUAUGGACGAUGUUCGUGCGGGGCUGUGCACCAUUUUCCCUAUGAUAAGACAUGCCGAUCCUGCCGCCUCAAUACAUGUUUGUUACACGUGCAUCAACAUGCCCAAAGCCAAAUUGCGAACGAAGACCGGGUGCUCGACCUGCAGGAAGAGAAGAGUGAAAUGCGGCGAGGAGAAACCAGUAUGCCGCGCCUGCGUUGCUUCAGGACGUGGUUGCACGUGGCCGUCCUCCGACGACAUGUACGAUAGACGUCACCGAUCUCGCCGAUCUUUCUCUGAUGACAGGACCUUGCCUUCACCAUCUUCCUGCAGCAAAGAUUCCAUCAUCUCUCGGGAAUUAAGAGAGCUGCCGGAUCUCGAACAGGAGCUGACCCACCACUACUUCAACAUAUUCCUCUCCGUACUCUUACUCCCCACAGUGAGAGAAAGAGACCUGGAGGGCUAUGGAUCGCAGGUGAUGAGCAUGAUGCUUCGCUCUGAAAGCGUAAAGAGGUAUCAUGAUGCGGCACUGGGGUACUACUUCCGUGCCGUGGAACUGGUCAAUCGUGCUCUUCAUGACUUGGGUGCAUCCGCCAAGGGGCCUGACGAUCCGCUGCUGACCACCGUUAUGUGGGGGCCGCCCGACGAGACUUUAGACGCGAGGAAGCAUGUCGACGGCGCUAUGAACCUACUCAAGCUUAGAUACGAAGACACCUGCUCACCCAUGUCAAUGUCGAGACCUCUACAUCGAAUUAAUACGGAGAGCGUGCUUUAUCAAGCAUUCCUGCUUGCUAUGCGAAAGCCAUUCGCUCCCAACUUUCAUGUGGAUGAACAAUUCCUCGAUCGAUCCGAACAUGGUCUCAACGCAAGGAAACUCAUCGACAUAUUAUCCGAAGGUGAUAGCCCCGUACUGGGCUUACCACUGCCGCUAUAUCGUCUCAUAACGGACCUCAUUGACGUCCUCAACUCACCCAAGCAUCCGACUGAAGAGUUUCUGAUUCGGAUGAGAGAGGAGAUGGAAACAUGGGAAGGCCUCGUACUGAUAGAAGAUGGAGGAGCCAGCUGCCCUUUGUCCAUGACGAGCUUUCACAAAGACGCUGUUACUCUUUUCGUUUUGGGCGCUUCGCUGCUCCUAGAUUACAUCGCAGAGUUUUCACUCGCCAACCACACUUUAUGGCCACAGGUCCCAAGAACUACGCAGAACAGCUGGAACCCUUUACAUCCAACACGAAGUGCACCAAGAUGGCAAGUGCAGCGUGCCUUUGAGAUUCUUCGUCGACCAGCCGCCUAUGAAACGUGGACGCGGUGCUUCUUGGGGGCUUGGCCGAUGUUGAUACUUGGUUACUCUGUUACCUCUUCUGAGGAUAUCUCGUUGAUCCGGCGUGUUCUGACGCAAAUGGUAGAGCGUAUGGGGUAUGGAGAAAUUCAAAGGAUUCUCGAUGAUCUAGAAGGAGUCUGGACUAAGCGCACCGAGGACAUUCCUAGAGAGUCUGUGGUGAUGAGUGCUAUCGAGAGGACUUUGAAAGAUGAUUAG